AACUUUUCAGCUGUGACAACCGACGACAAUCGACGACCUGCCACGCCGACAAGAUGGGUGCCCUCAAGUACGUGGAAGAGAUCCAGAAGAAGAAGCAGUCCGACGUGAUUCGCUUCCUGCUGCGUGUCCGUUGCUGGGAGCUCCGUCAACUGAACGCUAUCCACCGUGCUUCCCGCCCCUCUCGCCCCGACAAGGCUCGUCGUCUCGGCUACAAGGCCAAGCAGGGCUAUGUUGUCUACCGUAUCCGUGUGAGACGCGGUGGUCGUAAGAGACCCGCUCCUAAGGGUGCCACCUACGGCAAGCCCACCAACAUGGGUAUCAACCAGCUCAAGUACCAGCGCGCUCUCCGUGCUACCGCUGAGGAGCGUGUUGGCCGUCGCUGCGCCAACCUGCGUGUCCUGAACUCCUACUGGAUCAACCAGGACUCCACCUACAAGUACUUCGAGGUCAUCCUCGUCGACCCCCAGCACAAGGCCAUCCGCCGCGAUGCUCGCAUCAACUGGAUCUGCAACGCGGUCCACAAGCACCGCGAGGCCCGUGGUCUUACCGCCACCGGCAAGAAGUCCCGUGGUAUCAACAAGGGCCACCGCUACAACAACACCCGCUCUGGUCGCCGCCACACCUGGAAGCGCCAGAACACCCAGAGCUACUGGCGUUACCGUUAAAUGUAGAUGGGGUGUUUAUGGGGGUUGUUGGUUAUGGGAAAAAUUUGAUCCUGUGGAUGUCACUAUUUCGAUCAAAACUCGCAUCUACGGUGCCGUUCUGGAACUGCUGGGGUGCGAGCAUAAUGCAACAGAUCUUCUGGAUCGGAUGUUAGCCAAAAUACCUUUUUUUCACUUUUCUCGGUUCAACUGUAUUGUUCACCUUAACGAAGUAUGACGACCACUUUUACCUUUGUUC